ACGUGGACGAGUGCAGCCUCUUCGCGCCGCGGCUCUGCAAGGGCGGCGUGUGCGUCGACGGCGCCGGCGGCUUCACCUGCUACUGCCCCAGCGGCUACUACUACGAGCAGGAGCAUCUGCAGUGCAUCGAUAACGACGAGUGCGUGGACGAGGAGGCGGAGGCGUGCGUGGGCGGCCGCUGCACCAACACCGUGGGCUCCUACUACUGCUCGUGCGCGCCGCCGCUCGUGCUGGACGGCUCGCAGCGGCGCUGCGUGAGCAACGAGAGCGCCGCGCUGG